AGCAGAACAGCAUCAUUACAACCAAAUGGGCACCAGUGUCUAUCUGAGCUCGACAGGCACAACAUAUUGCUGGUUAUGUAACAUUACAAGAGGACUUGGAAUGCUCUGUAGCUGGGAGAAGUAAAGGACACCAGAGAGCGCUGAUUAACAGAGUGACAUCUGGCAACAGCCAAUGAGGAGCAAGUUCCCUCUCAACAACGCGUGCCGUAAUCUUUUUAGGAUGACUGACCGCAGUUUUUAAUGACGUAGCAUCACAAACUAUUUCUCACCACGAAGACACGCCCAUACUCGUCACUAUACACGCCCACAUCUGUCGCUGUGGCUGCUUGCAGCGGCGGGUUUGACAGGAGAGAUCGGAUGUAGUUCCGGCUGGCGGGCGGCGCACUGAUCGCUGCGGCCGGAGGUUGCGAAGGGGUCGCAAACUGCAUUGGUGCCUAUGGGGUUGGUGCAGCGGUGAAACCGGCAUGUAAGAGCUUACGCUUCUAUGAAGGGUCGGGGAGACAUGGUACAAGUAUCAUUUGAGAACCCUGGCUGAUCGCCUUGAUUAGAGACAUGAAGCGAACUCGGGGGAACGCAGAGAAACCGCAGCCCACGUCGGGCACAGAGGAAGCCCGGGCUGCCCCUGUGUUACGUAGGAGAACAGCUGGACCAGAGGAGAGAGCGGCCAGCCGGGACCAGGAUACAGUUCCCCCUCCUGCUCCACUGCUGUUCAGAAAACUGAGCAAUCCUGAUCUGUAUUCAUCUACAGGGAAGGCAAAACUGCAUCGUCAGCUAAGCCAGGAUGAUUGCAAGCUUCGCAGAGGAAGUUUAGCCAGUUCCCUAGCAGGUAAGCAACUUCUGCCACUGUCUAACAGUGUUCACAGUGGUGUUGGUCAGCUGACAACAUGGCAGCCAUCAGCAGAGACAUCCAAUCUGGUCCGAAUGAGAAACCAGUCUCUUGGCCAGUCAGCGCCUUCCCUUACAGCUGGAUUGAAGGAGCUGAGCCUCCCUAGAAGAGGAAGUUUAAUCUUCUCCCCUUUGCACGCUCACUGCCGAGGAAACGAUGUGCAUCAGUGCGCGCUUUCUCCUUCAUCUGCUCCAAACCUUCAGCACUUAAAAAUACCAUUUAGUGCCGACUGCACACUCGACACAUCUCCACUUGCUUUUUUCUGCAGUCCGCAACCACAGAGUAAUCCAGGUAGUCCAUGUUACAGCACACCACUGCAGUGGAGCUGUCGUUCUAGUAAUCGAAAGAGCCUGAUUGUAGCUUCCAGCACAUCUCCAACUUUACCUCGGCCUCACUCUCCUCUCCAUGGACAUACAGGUAACAGCCCACUCGACAGUCCACGUAACUUCUCUCCAAAUGCCGCCGCUCACUUUUCAUUUGUUCCCGCUCGAAGGACGGAUGGACGCCGUUGGUCGCUGGCAUCUCUACCUUCUUCCGGAUAUGGAACGAACACUCCUAGUUCCACAGUUUCAUCAUCAUGCUCAUCCCAGGAAAAGCUGCACCAGCUGCCAUUUCAGCCAACAGCAGAUGAGCUUCAUUUCCUGACCAAACACUUCAGCACAGAGAGCAUCACUGAUGAGGAGGGGCGCCACUCACCAGCCAUGCGUCCUCGAUCUCGCAGCCUCAGCCCUGGACGUUGUCCCAUUUCAUAUGAUGGGGAAAUAGUAAUGAUGAAUCAUGUUUACAAAGAACGAUUUCCGAAGGCAACAGCGCAGAUGGAAGAAAGACUGGCAGAUUUCAUCAUCUCCAAUUCUCCAGAGAAUGUGCUGCCAUUAGCAGACGGUGUCCUGAGCUUCAUUCAUCAUCAAGUGAUUGAACUUGCACGUGACUGCCUGAGCAAAUCACGAGAUGGACUGAUCACCUCCCGCUACUUUUAUGAGCUUCAGGAGAACUUAGAGAAGUUGCUUCAAAAUGCCCACGAGCGGUCAGAGAGCUCAGAGGUAGCAUUUGUUACUCAGCUGGUCAAAAAGCUUAUGAUCAUCAUUGCACGCCCUGCCCGACUCCUGGAGUGUUUGGAAUUUAAUCCAGAAGAAUUCUAUCAUCUGUUAGAAGCUGCUGAAGGCCAUGCCAAAGAAGGAGAAGGAAUUAAGUCAGAUAUUCCCCGCUACAUCAUCAGCCAGCUGGGGCUCACUCGAGAUCCCUUGGAGGAAAUGGCCCAGUUGAAUAGUUAUGACAGCAGUAAUGCAGAUACUCCAGAGACUGACGAUUGUGUUGAGGGUCGCAGUGGUGCUGCUUUAAUUCAACCAAAGAAAACUCCAUCAGAAGAGCAGUUUGAGAACAUUAAACUAAUAAGCAAUGGAGCUUAUGGAGCUGUGCAUUUAGUACGACACAAGGAGACACGGCAACGAUUUGCAAUGAAGAAGAUCAACAAGCAAAAUUUAAUCCUCAGGAACCAGAUCCAACAAGCCUUUGUGGAGAGGGAUAUUCUUACCUUUGCUGAAAACCCAUUUGUGGUCAGCAUGUUUUGUUCUUUUGAGACGAAGAGGCACCUAUGUAUGGUCAUGGAAUAUGUGGAAGGAGGAGAUUGUGCCACACUUCUGAAAAGUAUUGGUGCCCUUCCAGUUGAUAUGGCUAGAAUGUAUUUUGCAGAGACUGUGCUAGCACUAGAGUACCUUCAUAAUUAUGGAAUUGUCCACCGAGAUCUCAAACCAGAUAACCUCCUAAUUACCUCAAUGGGGCACAUCAAGCUUACAGAUUUUGGUCUCUCUAAAAUUGGGCUCAUGAGUCUAACCACAAACCUUUAUGAAGGCCAUAUUGAAAAGGACACAAGAGAAUUCUUGGAUAAACAGGUGUGUGGGACCCCAGAGUACAUUGCUCCAGAAGUUAUUCUGAGGCAAGGAUAUGGGAAACCUGUUGACUGGUGGGCUAUGGGUGUCAUUCUAUAUGAGUUUUUAGUUGGUUGCGUUCCUUUCUUUGGUGAUACACCCGAAGAAUUGUUUGGACAAGUCAUCAGCGAUGAAAUUGCCUGGCCAGAUGGAGAUGAUGCUUUGCCUGCAGAUGCUCAAGAUCUGAUAUCCAGACUUCUCCGACAAAACCCCUUGGAGAGACUAGGAACAGGUAGCGCAAUUGAGGUUAAACAGCAUCGCUUCUUUAAGGAUUUGGAUUGGAAUGGUUUGCUGCGGCAGAAAGCUGAGUUUAUUCCCCAGCUAGAAUCUGAAGAUGACACCAGCUAUUUUGACACCCGAUCUGAAAGAUACCAGCACAUGGAUUCUGAAGAGGAGGAAGACACAAAUGAUGAAGAUCGAGUAGAGAUCAGACAGUUUUCAUCAUGUUCGCCUCGAUUUAGUAAGGUUUAUAGCAGCAUGGAGCGCCUUUCCAUUCAUGAAGAAAGAACUCCUCCACCCACUAAACGCAGCCUGAGUGAGGAAAAAGAAGACAAGUUGGAUGGACUGGGUGGGUUGAAGAACAGAGACCGGGGCUGGGUCAUCGGAUCCCCCGAAAUCCUUCGCAAGCGCCUGUCUGCAUCUGAGUCUUCUCACACAGAAAGUGACUCCAGCCCACCCCUUACAGUCAGAAGGCGAUGUUCUGCGCUGGUUGAUAUGCCUCGCUUUGCCAUCUCCACAGAAGAAGAAUUGCACUUACAGAGGAAGCUAAGCCAGUCUCAGCAGGAUGCCUUAGCAAGCCCAUCGUCUCUCCAAAAAGAUGGCAACCCCCUCCCUAUCCUAGAGCAGCCAGUGGAAAGGGAACUGAAACUAGAUGAUGAAUUGGUGCCAUCUACACCUUCUUCUACAAUAAGCAAUAUUAGCAGCUCAACCACACUGACUGCUGGCAGCAACGCUGACUUCUCAGACAACAACAUCGGCAUAGACGUUUCUGAAUUUGCCAGUCCUAAAGCCAUCAGUGACUUAGCUGUAAGAAGAGCACGCCAUAGGCUUCUAUCUGGGGAUUCUGGCGAAAAACGCCCCUCCAGACCAGUCAAUAAAGUGAUCAAGUCAGCCUCGGCCACUGCCCUGUCACUCAUGAUCCCCUCUGAUUACCAUACUUAUUCACCUUUGGCCAGCCCUAUGUCGCCACAUUCGUUAUCCUCAAACCCAUCCUCACGUGACUCUUCGCCAAGCCGAGAUUUUUUCCCAGCUAUCUCCCAUCUCAAACCACCAAUCAUCAUACAUCGGGCAGGAAAGAAAUAUGGCUUCACUCUGCGAGCCAUUCGUGUCUACAUGGGAGAAAGUGAUGUCUACACUGUCCAUCACAUGGUGUGGCAUGUCGAAGAAGAUGGUCCAGCUCAUGAUGCUGGGCUCCGAGAAGGUGAUUUGAUCACUCAUGUCAAUGGAGAACCUGUCCAUGGGCUAGUGCACACCGAAGUUGUGGAACUCAUCCUGAAGAGUGGAAACAAAGUUUCCAUAUCCACUACUCCAUUUGAGAACACUUCAAUCAAAGUUGGCCCAGCACGGAAAGCUAGCUACAAGUCAAAAAUGGCUCGCCGGAAUAAGAAGAGCAAACCAAAGGAUGGGCAGGAAAGCAAGAAAAAGUGUUCUUUAUUCCGGAAGAUAACGAAGCAAGCAUCACUACUUCACACCAGUCGCAGCCUGUCCUCUCUCAACCGUUCCCUGUCCUCUGGAGAAAGUGUGCCAGGUUCUCCCACCCAUGUACUGUCCCCUCGUUCUCCUACACAGACUUACAGAUCUACUCCAGACUCGACACACUCAGUUGGUGGUAAUUCUUCUCAAAGCAGCUCUCCAAGCUCCAGUGUUCCUAACUCUCCAGCCAGUUCUGGGCAUAUACGACCUAGUUCCUUGCAUGGGCUGGCUCCAAAGCUACAAAGGCAAUACAGGUCUCCUCGUCGCAAAUCUGCAGGGAAUAUACCACUUUCACCUUUGGCACAUACGCCCUCGCCAACAUCUCAAUCCACCUCUCCACAACGUUCACCUUCACCUCUUCCAGGACACACUCUUGGAAACUGCAACAUUCUGCAGUCUUUUCCGGUCAAAUUGCACUCUUCUCCACCACUUGUGAGGCAAAUAUCAAGGCCAAAAAGUGCUGAGCCACCACGAUCUCCUUUGCUGAAAAGGGUACAAUCUGCAGAAAAGUUAUCUGGUUCGUUAUCCUCUGAGAAAAAGCUGGCUUCUUCUCGGAAGCACAGUCUGGAUAUCUCACACUCAGAUUUCAAAAAAGAGAUAAUGCAUCGUGACUUAAGUUUGCAGUGCUUGCCAGAGUCUAUGAGUGAGAACACUGGUGGCAAAGUAGGGCUGGCAGAAAAAGGGACUCUGCAGAAACCUUCAAGGAAACUUGGUGCUAUUCGUCACGAUAGGGUUGAAAGAAGGGAGUCACUUCAAAAACAGGAGGCUAUUCGUGAGGUGGAUUCUUCUGAGGAUGAAACUGAUGAAGGCUCAGAGGACAGCCAGGAUGGGAGGCGGUUAGAGAGAGCUUCAUUUAGAAAUGAAAAAGUUUCUGCUUCAGCAAUCAGCAGUGGAAGAGAUUCCUGCCAAAAGCAGAGCAAGAGUAGCACCGAGGAUGAUUCUUUCCUUCUUCCAGACUACAGAAGAAAGAGUGAGGUGAAAGAAACUGCUGGUAGGAAAGUUAUUGAUGUCACAUUGCAAAAUACCCCUGACCAAUCUGGGAUUCGGUCCUUUUGUAGUCCAAACCUUCCCCCUGAUACUUGCCUGAUACCUGCUGCAGAAAUCAAUAUGCUAAAACAACAAAACAUUUUAAAACGUGAGGUAAAUGCUAUGCAAAUACAAGGUAAACCACUCCAAGAAUCAAACCAACAAAGUACAGGCACUGAUAGGAAGAACACUCAGAAUAUUGUGGUGCAAAAAGAAGCAGACUCCUCCUCAGAUCCACAUCUAUGUCAGUCAAGCAAAAGUAGCUGUGUUAGCAUUGAAGCUCAUUUAGAGGUGCCUAAUUGUAAAGAGACUCUUCCUGAAGAUGGCUCUAAAGAGUCUGCACUUUCUCUUUCCUCAUCUUGCCUAAAGACCACUUCAAAUUCUGUUGCAGUACACUGCUCUGCAGGAGAUACAUGUUCAACUACCAGUACUGCAUCAGAUGCUUAUGUGCAAUAUUUGCCUGUUGUAAAUGAGCAAGGGCAGCAGGAACCUGCUGAAAAGCAAAGCACUUUAAAGGGUAUGAACAACUCUGUUUCCACAGAAGCAACCUUGUCUCGAAAAGUGGGUACAGUUUCCUCAACCAACCCUGUGUCCAGUGAGAAAAAACCAUUGGUCGCUCAUAUUGCAACCAUGGCUAAAAGUGUCUUGGGACCAGUAAAGCUUAGCAUGCCGGGAUCAAAAGGUUCAGAUGACCAUAUAAACAAAAAGGAGAAAAAUUCAAGGCAAAAGAAAUCUGAGCUUUCCAGAUCUGAAUCAAUGCAGGAGAGCAUUAGAGAGUUGUCUACAGACACAGGUUUCAGGACAUGCACCUCCCUAAAUGAGUGCACUCUAUCUGCUGUCUCUAAGCAACAAGACUGGACUUCUGGACUUUCUAAUAAGUCAGAACGACUAAGAGUAUUUGAUGUUUUAGACCCUAGAAAAAUUCCUCCAUCAAAGGACCAGCCACCACCUGCAGAUAGAUACAUGGUGAAAUCUCCAUCACUCAGCGAGGUCAGCAAAAAACUAAAGAAAGAGGAAACUGUGACUCAAGGGACAAGCAAAGUGAUUGGUAGUCACUCCCACACACAGGAUGGUCCAUCAUUACAUGCAGAUAACAAAAGAAACACAUAGCAGUAUGUAAAUUUGGACUUUUGUUGGCAGCCCCUGCAUGUUAUACACUAGCAUAACUAUGUAUCGUUUUCAUGCCUUUGUUUUUGUUUGUUUUGUUUUCAUGUUGCAUUGUUUCCCAUACAUUUAUCCUCAAAAUUAGUUAAGAACUCAUUUCUUUGUAAUAUAUUGCAUGCCCCCACACUAUUAUUUGGGGGUGCUGUAGAUAUGUUGGUGGAACAGGGUAUCUUAAAAGGCAGGGGUAUUGUACCCAUGCUCAGUAGGAUAUUGGUGUAGAAUUAUGUAAAAUGGAUGUAUUUUGGAUACAGCCCUUACAUCUGUUAGAUACACAUAUGAUUUCACUGGCUUUCCAUUGCUAAAAGCAAGAUUAUAUUUUAUACUUUUCUGGUAUUAGGAAAUUAUUUUUUUAAUUUCUUUAAAGACAGCCUAACCCCUUAGAAGGCAUAUGAAGCAGUCUGGCUUGUUUGUAUAUAUAUGUAUAUGUAGGUUUGAGAAACUGGAAGCCUAAAGUACAUCAUAUCUACAAGAAAAGUAAGACCUCUGAAUACAAAGUAUGCUUUGUUGCCAUAAUGUUAAGUAGCAGCAAGAGAUCGGGAUAGAUAGGAGCUGAAAGCAAGCAGCGCAUUGUCGUACAGUGCUGGGGAAUUUGGCCAGAAUGAAGCUGACAAGCUUUUGGCAAACACUUGGUUUUGAAACUACAGACCCCCAGCAUUGACCCUGUUUAGGGUUACCUGUAUCUGUACAAGAGCACAGACAAUGAAGUGAGUAAGUAUAUUGGAAUGGAGAAGGUAGAAAACGUGAUACAGUUCUCAGAAACACAUUAAUUUGUUUCCAUGGUGCUCUUUUAAUGACCUCUCUAAUAUAGAUUUUAUUUUCUUUCAACUCAUUCUUUUCUAUUGGUCUUUUCUGGUAAGACACCAUGCAAAUUCCGUAAUCAUAGGUUCAUCACUGAGGAUUCUGUAUUCGUUCUCCAUUUUAAAAUCAGUCCAUAACUGAAACAUGGUAGAAUGGUAAGCUGUAGCUUACAGGAGAAGCUUAAAGGGGACGUGAACCCAAAAAUAACAUUUGAGAUAAUGAAAGUAAAUAUAAAUGAACAAUUUCCGAUGAUUAAAGCUAUUUGUAUAUGUCAAUAUAUUGAAAGCACUAUCUGGCCACUGCCAUUUCCUGCACUGCUGGAUCUGAUCAUGAAACAAUAUAUCCGUACUCAGCUCCCAUUCAGUUCUCACAAUGCCUUGCAUAUACUGUGAUUAACAGUGGGCAAGGAAUUGUGGCACUGACUGAGCAACAUUGCUUCACUUGUUUUAAUGUAUAUUUAGUCAGAUCCAGGCAUGGCAUGUAAUACCAGUUGCAUUUACAAAUAUUUAAUACUGCCAGUCUGACAUGAUUAAAUAAAGGGGUUUCCUGAGCAGGAACAGCAUACAAGUCCCGAUUGGGGGCCAAGAAGUAGAAAAAGGAGGCCCCGUUCUCUUGUGUGGACCUUAAUUAAUAGCAAUUUGGUAAUAGCUGAAUAAAACAAAGAGUUCAAACUGAACCGUGGAACAAAUAUUAACCCUGAAAGUGAUUCACAACUUUUUAAAAAUAUUAAUUCCUAAAUGUAUAUAGUUUUCCUAGUACUACAUUUUAAAAAUAGUUAUACCAGUUAUAAAUCCUGUGUGAACUGCAGGGUAAAAAAUUGUGUGUUGAAUUUGAAUAGAAUAGUGCUGGAUGUCCCUGUAGAUCUGAAGGCAUAAUGAUAGGACAGCAACAACACAGGUUCUCCCAUUAUUAUAUUUUAAUAUAUAAUAAACCUAAUGCAUGUUUACAGUUUUGUAGAACUUCUAAGUAUUCAGUGUACGAACAGAGCAAAAGAUGGUAUAACUGUGUAAUAAAGAGGUGACAUUAAGGGAAAAUCCAAGAAAGUCAGAAAAAUGUAGCUAGUUUCAUGGCCAGCAAAACAUGGAUCAUUUGAAUUCUAGAAGGUCUGUUUUCCAAAAAAAAAAAAAAAAAGUCACGCGUAUAUAUUAAUAUUUAUAUUUUUGAGAGCAAAAUAUCAUUGACAUACUCAGCAGUUCCACUCAGGGAAACUUCAUACCUGCAACCCCAGCCCAGUACCAAUGAACUACAUGGCGCCUGCACUUGCAAACCAUUACUGAGAGUAUUCGUGGCGAAACUGAGAAGCUACUAACGUCCUACAGGCUGUACAAUGGCAAUAAUUACCCUUGUGACUUCUAGCAGCAUAGAUUAUAGCGGCACUACAUGAACGCUUCCUCCUUUGCUCUGCUCUAGAAGACACACAUGUUCUGCCCCAGCCUUCAGCUGUUACAUAGGUGUGGCCAUUGAAAUGAUUUCUAGGUUUUAGUGAAAGGUAUCUUUAGCUAUCGUCUUUGCUUUCAUUUAAAGGUUGUAGCCUUAAAAUGCACAAAAUUUAAACUUCAAAUGAAUCGUGUAUAUGACAUGGUUAUCUAAAAUGAGUAUAAUGGUUGCAAUUUCAGCGCAAGGCAAUGCUCUUUGCAGGAGCCCCAUUAGUGAAUAAUUACCGCUACUUUCAUUUUCUUCCAGUGGAAACAAUGGUCACUCCUUGCUUCUGUCCCGUUUUCCCAAUCCCCAUGGUUUCAUCCUACUUGUCUCUCCCCAUAAGCAGUCUGAGUUGGGUUUUGGAUGCCUUGAAAUACAUUUCUGGACCAACCUCUGACAUUUCAUUGUUUUUCUGCAAUGGCAGCAAAAAAAAUAUCCAGUUUACUGCAACAGUGUGUACGUUUACUGUGAAUCUGCUGCACACACUGUUUGGAACAGAUUUUAGGAGAUAUCUAUAUACAUCCUUGCAACCUCGAUCCUACAGUGUGCUCAGCGUUUCUAUGAUGUCUUGUUAAGGUACUUUUUUAUAUUUUGAGAUGUAUUAGCUAGAUAAAGCACUCGCAAGUGCAGCGAUAACUUGUGGAAUUGAAUGGUAGCUGUGUGGGUUUCUCCGUUUUUCUUUUUUUUUUUUUUUUAAAUUUAAAAAACAAAAAAACUAAAGAGCCAAAAGAGCUAUUCUUUAUGUUUCAUUAAAAAUGGAGCAUAUGUAUGGGAAUCAUGGGCUAGAGAUCCGAUCCUGUUAGACUGGUGAUACUGAUGGAAUAUGAAUUCUCAUAAGUGCAAAAUAAUUUGUUGUGGUACCCACAAUCUUACCCACAGCAUUCAAUAAAAAAUAUUUUGCUUCUGUGA